GCGAUAUGCAGCCAACUCGUCUAGCAAGCAACCUUGCGCGCAGCAUAUAGUGCAGUGAAAAAUACAAAAAUAACUAUAUUAAACUGUAAUUUAUUGUAAAAGACUAUUGCAUAAGUUAAAUUUAGUGCAUAAGGCAUUCUAGCUAAUAUUGUACAUAUAUCAUAAAAGCAGUAAACUCGAAACAAACCCCCCGCCCAGUGGUGGUUAGACAGAGACGGCGCAAGCAGCAGCAGAGGUCAUAUUAAAAAUAAGUAUAUUUUUGGCCCCCCUACACAUAACAACAACAGCAGCAGCAACAGCUCUGAGAAAGGGAAGAAGAACGCAGAUCAACGCAAAGGCAGAUCAGCAACAACAUUUGCGGCUAUUCAAUAAAAUGAUAUUAGAGAACUCGGAUAAGCUCAAGGAUUGGCUGAGCGUUGUGCUCGAGCCGCUCUGCGAUGCUGACUCCUCGGCUUUGGCGCGUUACGUGAUUGCGUUGCUGAAAAAAGAUAAAUCGGAUAAAGAUCUCAAACGCAUCAUGAUCGAGCAAUUGGAUGUGUUUCUCUCUGAGGAAACGACACGUUUCGUUGAUCGCCUGUUUGAUGCCAUUGCUAGCGAGGAGUAUCUAACGAAUCCCGCACCAAUGCCAGCAUCCAUGGCCGCGGCGUCUUCUAGUGUUGCCGAACUGGAAUUGGAGCAUGACCUGGAUGGUAUUGCUGAUCUUGAGGCUGUAUUGGCUGCAGCUUCAUCACCGCCCCCACCCCCGCCAAAAGAUAAUGUGAUAAAGCCCGAUGGCAAUCAGCAGCAACAGAAUAACGAAAGCAGUAGAGAGCCCGCGUCCGAAUCACAGUCUUCGAUGCCAGGUAACAGUGUCUCAGCGACUGCCACAGAUGCACCACAAAGCACAACAGGGACACACAACACCAAACCAGCCUUCGAUCACAAAACCAAAGACUCUUAUAGCAGCCAUCAACAACAGCAGAUCACGCAUCAUCAUCACCACAGCGGCAGCAGCAGCAGCGGUGCGGUAGCUGGCGGCUUUGUGCGCAGCGCUAGCCCGCCUAUGCGUAGUUCCGGUGGCAGCAAUCCUGCUGGUGGUGCCUAUCCCGCAGACAAGGAGAAUCAGCCGCGUGAUAGUCGCCGCCGUCGCGCUUCCUUGCGGUCCCGUUCACGUUCCCGCUCUCGAUCCAAUGAUCGCUCGUUUAGGCGCUCGCGUUCACGGGAUCGUCGUGUUAAUGAGCGCGAAAAGAGUCAGCGACAGUUUCGCAACAAAUCGCCACCAGGUGGUGCUAGUGAUCAGCGACAUAGACGCAACAACAACAAUAACAACAACAAUAGCAACAACAGCAGCUUUGACAGACGUCGCAUUGGCAACAGUAACAACAGCAAUAGCAACAUGGAUGAACGCGGUCAACGCUUUGGAGGCAACAAGGGACGACACUCGCCGCGCAGUCGCUCCAAUUCCCCGGAAUCACGCAACACGCGUCGUGGCAACAAUGUGGAACCCAUUGCCGGUUCCUCAGCUUCUGCAGCGGGCGCUGCAGUUCCAGUGCCGCCGCCAGUGGUGCAUUCUGUGGCGCCAGUGCGUCAACGUUGUCGUGACUUCGACGAGAAGGGCUAUUGUGUGCGGGGCGAGACUUGUCCUUGGGACCAUGGCAUAAACCCUGUUGUCUUUGAGGGUAUUAACAAUUCGGCACUGAUGAUGUCUAUGCGCGAGUACAAUCCCGAUGCCCCAGAGAUUUGGGCACGAGGCGGUCCAGCUGGCGUGCCGGGCGUAGCAGGCGCCGGAGCUGGCAGCCAACCACCGUUGCCUGGACCACCUCAACCGGGUCAGAGCAGUAUCAAUCCGUUCAGUGGCAAUGUGCGCGCCUGUGCACCGCUGGGUGUGCCUAAUCCAGCGGAUUAUUCACGCCAACCCGGCCAGGUUCCGCCGGUGCCUGCACCGCCGCCAAUGAUGCCAUUUCCCUUCAAUCCCACAGCGGUCACAACACCUCUGCAACGUCAACUUAUUCCCAUUCCGGUGAUGGAUGGUGGUGCCGGCGGCAUUGCUGGGGGCAUUCCUGCCGAGAUGGGCAAACGCCGCUUCGAGCUGGAGGAUAGCGUGGCCAUUGCCGAUGUGCCCAGUAAAAUGCGCAAAGUGCCCAUCAACAGCCGUCUAGGACCCCGCGUCAAUCCUAAUAUGCAGCAGCACAACAGCUCGCUAGAACUCCGCAAGGUGCCGCGUGGCCUGAAUACUAUUGCCCAUCUGAACAACCAUUUCGCCAAGUUUGGCAAAAUCGUUAACAUACAAGUGUCAUAUGAGGGAGAUCCCGAGGCAGCUAUUGUGACCUUCUCCACGCAUGCGGAAGCGAAUGUUGCCUAUCGCAGCACCGAGGCGGUGCUCAACAAUCGUUUCAUCAAAGUCUUCUGGCACAACGACAACAACAGCAGCGGUGGCGUUGGCGGCGUUGGCAACAGCAACGCCAACAACAACGAGGCGGGCAAUUUGAAUGUGAAUCGCAAGAGUCAAUAUCAUUUGCAUAAUGUGCCCGCAGUGCCAACGCCGAAUGCAGAUAGCGCCAAGAUCAGUAAUAAUGGCAAUCUGACCACGCCUCUUGGCGAGGCAGGCAGCACGAACAACAACGCAGCAGGCAUUACGCCCACAUCCUCCGAUCAAGCUUUGGCCAGCACAGCAGCGCCAGCUUCGAUGCGGUUAAAGCUCAAUACGAGCGCAGCGGCAGCGGGCAACGCGGCAGCGAAUGGUGCUGCUGCACGUGGACUGACACCUGCAGCAAAUGCAGCGAGUAUACGGAAGAAACAGGAGGAGCAGCAGAAGGCGAUGCAUCAGCUAGCCAAUGGACUGCGUAAGCGGAAGCAGGAGUUGCUGCAGAGCUAUGUGAAACAAAUGAAAACAGCACUGGAACUAGUCGAACGCAUGGAUCUGCAGGAUGUGCAACGUGCACCGACGCUGGAGACGAUCAAAGUGCUACAGGCGACCAUUGACAAGUUGCGCAAGGAUGUGCAUGCCGAUCAGGAUCAGUUGCAGGCGCAAAUUCAACAGCAACAACAACAGCAGCAGCAACAACUGCAACCGCAGGCCGUUGAGAAAACCAAAGAGCAACAGAAGAAGGAGCUGCUCGACAUGGAACUGGAGCUGAUUGCUCAGCAGCAGGAGGGUAAUGAUACAACUGCCAUACAGAAGCGGCUUGAGGAGCUGCAGCGCACGCUCUCCGGCACAGGAGGCGGACCUCUUGGUACCGCCGGCGGCGGUGGCACAAAACCAGCCGGAGGAGGUGCACGAAAGCGUGCCACUUUCCCCGAAGGAUCCACCCGCGUAGAUCGACGGCCCAAAGCAAUUGUCGUUACCGGUUUUGCCGCUGAAGAGGCCGAUUUUGUGCUGGGUCACUUUAAGCAUUUCGGCGAGAUAUCUAAGCACGAUGUUGACCGUGAAAUUCCACAAUUGAUACUCUCAUAUGCCACACGCAUCAAUGCGGAACAAGCUGUGCUCCGUGGCAAAAUCUAUAAAGACAAGCGUCUGCAGAUAUCCUGGGCACCUGUAGUGACGAAGCCAGCAGCUGUACCAAUGGGCGCACCGGCGGAUAAGUUGGCCAGCUCUAUUAUUUCACCUCUUUCGAAUGCUUCUGGUGACAAUCCGAAGCAAUUGAUGCAGUCGGUAAGCGAAAGUGAGUCGCUGUUGGGAAGCGAUACACUGCCAGAGCUUCGUCUGGAGGAUGAAGAGGAGGACGAGGAGUCUGAAGAUCGUUCCUGGCGCCGUUGAUGCAACGCCCCGCCGCGCUCCUCCUAGUGCGGGGUGGCAAGCUCGAUGUGGCUCAUAAUCGUUAGGCAAAGGCAAAGCAUUAUUGUAUUUCUAUUUGUUGUUAUUCUAUAUCUAAAACUGCGCGUAUGCAAAACAAAAGUAACAUUGUUAAUUGUAUACAACGCAUCCACAAAACAAACAAAACACAAAAAACAAGCGCUAACAUUGUAAACAAAAAGGCAAAAAACAGCAUGCCCCUCAAAAAAAAGAAUGGAGAUUUGCAACUGUUUGUGUGCAGUUCUACUGCUAAUCCUAAAGGAAAUUCAACCGUAAUGGUCUUAAAUUAAACGCUCUUACUAUUACUAAUAUUUACCGAAUAUAAGUUAUAUAUUUGUAUGUAUUGUAUAUGCUUAUACAAUUGUAUAUCGCAUUCGAUAAACGAAUGGAUUUAGGGUUUAGACUAAGCGCCCAUUUAUAGUCCAUAAAUAAUUACAGGAGCAACAAUAAGCAACACCAACAGAAGAGAACAUGAGAGAGGAAUCUGGAUCAAAAUCAACACCAACAACAGCUACACAAUUAUGCGUGUGUUAAAAAUGCAGCUAAUGCAUUGAUUAAGCAUCUUAUAUUAGGUACUUCUUUGUAUUUACAAUUUUUUCCCCUGCUAUCCUUUAUGUUCAGUUAAACAAACAAACAAAACAAAAAGAAAACAAAAAACGAAAAACAAACAAAAAAUUACUAAACAAAAAAAUGGUAAAACAAAACAAAUCAAAGUAAAAACAAACAAAAAACAUAGCAACGUGAAUACAAGAGCAAGUUAUAUAGAGAGUAUAAAAAAUAAAGUAAA